CUCUACAGAUUGAAAUGAGGAAGUAAGUUCUCAGAACUGGAGUUCCACACAGGGGCUGCGUCUGCUGGCAGGAACACACGUGUUUUACUUGAUGUGUCCCUGAAGUCAACUGUACCUACGGAUUGCCCCGCCAAACACGGUCAGGAGGCACUGUGACCACUGGGGUGGAAGACAGUCCGGCUAGAACUGGUACUGAGAAGAUCUGGCAGACGGUGGUGGGACAGAGCCUAAGUGGAGAGAGAACGGGGACGCCAUGGAUGAAUUCAUCCAAAAGCAGGGGCCCUUGUACAUCCAGCGGAAGAGGCUCAGGAGGGUAGGCUCCCAAACUUCAUAUCAGAGAUGGGAAAUGGUUUGGGCCAUCAUUCGACAGGAAAGCGGGUCUUCUCCAGCCCAAAUGGAGCUCUUCGGGUACAAGGCACAGAGCACAAGCUGCCUGGAGGAUUCUGGGAAAACCCUGGGGAAGCUAGACAGCGUGAUUGUUCUGCGUGAUGAUGUCCAUGUGGCGGCCGUGAGGUCAGAGGUGCCAGACUGUCCGACUGGGUGUACACCUUUUGUGUUAGAUACUGCUGAAGACUCCUUCAUGUUUGCCGCCUACUUCCCCGAGCUGGAAGGCUGGAUCCAGAAGCUGCAUCAGAAAUCUUUCCCUUUGAGCUACCUGGAGUGUGGCAGGCAGCCGGAAUUUUCUGGAGAAAACUCAGGGAUGAGGGACAAUCCCAUCUACGACACGUACAACAAUGUAGACACAGACUUCGCGGCCAAGGUGAAGAGGACAGAAGCGGCAGUCCGCUGCGGUCUUCAGGGACCCUGUAUCCUCACUGUCGGACUCAGGGACAUCCUGCUGAAGAACCCCCUUACCCAGGAGGUGCAGUUUGCCUGGCCCUACCGAUUCAUACGCUACUUUGGAUAUUACAAGUCAAUAUUCUAUUUUGAGGCAGGACGCCGCUGUGAUUCUGGGGAGGGCAAGUUUAAAUUCCAAACCAAAAAAAACCAGAGAAUUUCAAAGGCUGUCAACACCGCCAUCAACAAGCAAGUACAGGAGAAGUGUGUGAAGUCAGAGUCACCCAUGCGGGACUUCAGUGGUCCUACUCAAACUUUUACUGCCACUCAGCAGCCACCUGCUGGGACCAGGGGCAGCAGCACGGAUCGGGACAGACCGUAUGUGCAGCAAGCAGAGCUACUUGCUGAAAUGGCGCUUCCCAUAGAACUUGGGGGCCUAGUGUUAGAUAGCAAGCUGCCGCUUCAGCUUGACGGCGCCACGAAGCUGCUGCCAGGGGAUCCUGACAUGGUCUGCACUGCUGUGCCUGCAGAAGAGCAGCACAGUGGAGCAAACGCCUGGGGUUUGGCAUCUGGGGAGGAGGAAGAAGAAAGACGCACGAACGAAGAUUCGGCCACGGCUUGUGGCCAGCAUCCCCUCAUGUCUCAGGACGCGGGUUGCCAGACGCAGGGCCUGCAGGUCGCAAGGGAGAGUCUGGAUUCUCUGUAUGCCUCAGUCACAAAGAAAAAGGUCAGGGGGAGAAAGGAGACCUGCAUGCUCACCAAAGCCGAAUCUGCUUGCUCUUUGGGGACCACAGACUUCACCGAGAACCACGUGGCGGUGGAAGGCCUUGCUUGUAAGGUUCUGCUUCUGGAGGAGAACCUCAUGGAGCCCUCAACGUCUCGAGGCUCCCACUCCUCAGAUAGUAACUGAAAUGACGAUGGACUAAUGUUGUUUUAAAAGGAUGUGGUUUCGCAACUGUGUUAAAUAAACACAAAAGAGAAUAGUUUAUGAGCUUUGGCUGGUAUCGUCUGAAACCAAGAGGCACUCCAGUCAAUAAAAAUAAUUAAAAUAUCAGCUGAAAACAUAUAAGGGCUUUCUGACCUUGGCUUUCAGAUAGAAACUUAACAAAUGGAUUACUAAAGUUUUUCCUGUGGGUGGAUUUUGCUGGCGGCCCUAGAGGAAGGUUUGUAAAUCAGGCAACAGAUCAAUCACGUUGUAAGGUCAUCGAAAAUAACGGGUUGGUAAAGUUAACAAAUCCCUUCAGAGGUGGGCAGUUCAGGUCCAGGAAUUAAAAAUCCAGACCAAGAUUUUUGUUUCAGUCAUCCAGUUGAGUAUAAAGAGUCACAGUUAGUGCCACCUCUGAAUCUCUUAAACCACAGUUUAUGAUGCAAGCAUAUUGUGUGAUUAUUAACUGGACAAAAAAAUAUUGAAGACACUGAAACACCUUCAGGCAUCUACUCAGGAUCAGGCAGAUGAUCCUCAGAAGGACAAAUUUAGUAAAUACUGGUUAAUCCCCAGAGGCCUGCUUGCCACAGACACAUUUAAAAAUGAUUAUAGAAAAAUUAAUAAAAGUAAAUACAGAUAUUUUUGUGACAGACAGCUUGUUGUUUAACAAAACCCAGUUUCAUGAAGAGCGCUUUUAUUUGUAAUGUCUGUUUUUUUUUUGUUUUGUUUUUUUUUUUUAAAUGCUGGUUGUCGGUUUCUCUUUGAGAUACUCUUUUACUGAUUCUGAAAAUGCAUAAACGUGGCCACCCUCUCUGCGUCCUGGGGCUCCUACGUCGGCACAGAGAUGACGUCAGUUGUUAGUAACAGGGGAGUUGGGGCCACAUGUGCGUGUGGGGAGGGGGCGUCGAAGAAAUAUGGCCCAUCAGCACUACAUUAAAGCAAUUCUCUGCUGCAAACUAGUUAAGACACACAAAAAGCGGCAUUUAGUAAAAGGUCACAUCUCUUCAUCAAGCACUAUAUAAAUGUAUAUAUAGAGUGGUUAUCAAUAAACCUAAUGCUUUACUCUG